GAUUCGUCUUAACGCAAGACUAGCAGAUGAGGAAUCUAAACUGAAACUUAAGAGAGGGAAAGUAAAGAUUCGAUUUGCGCAUGUGUGAUGUGAUGUUUCGUAAACAUAGCCUCGAACGGCUAAAUACACGACAAGAAACGAUAAUCCUUAUCUUUUAAAAAGAAAUAAAAUCAUUGCUGCUGCUGAGAAAGCUCAAGUCUUCCAGCUUAGCAAUGGUUCGUGUUGUGCAAGAUAAAAAUCUUAUCAUAGUGUAUUCGGACCGAUUCUUAUUUCUUGAAUGGAUACUCGAAGAGUCAGACUUUAAAAAUAUUAACACUCUGCGAUGUCCUGACUUUCAUAUUGGAGGAGAAGGAUCAUCUUUUCUUGAAAUAAGAGUUCAUAGCUUGACAAUAUCUUGUAAUUUCUGUAAUCUUGAACCUCUUUUAAAUGGAAGUUGUGUAUUCAUAAUAUAUGACAAGCAUAAUUCCUGCAUUAGGAGUAUCAUCAAGGAAUCAAAAGGUUUCUUAAGAGGUAGAGUUCGAAUCAAUUUGUUUGGAGGCUUUGUGAAUUUGCCAUCGAAUACAGAAUAUCCUAUCACGGUCAAUUGCACUGCAAGGUCAUCGACUACUGAUCUUUUACAAGUGUCGUACGUUGAUCGUGAGAUUGGAAUGAAUAAUCUUUCUUCGGAUUUAAUGAAAAUUCUGCAACAAUCUUACAACACAGACAUAGAGCUGAGCACGGGUGGCGAGAACAUUAAAGCUCACAAGAUUAUUUUACAAGCUCGUUCUCCGGUGUUUCAGAAAAUGUUCGAACAUGAUUCCAGUGAAUCUGCUAAGAAUACAGUUGAUGUUUCGGACAUCAAUCCAUCAACAAUGAAGAGACUGGUCAAAUAUUUGUACACGGGAAGAAAGGAAAAGUGUAAUUUUGAUGAAGUUGUGCAACUGUACUACGCUUCUGACAAAUACGAAGUUAUGUCCCUUCUGGAAGAUUGCAGAGCCGAACUGCUGAAUUAUCUUGACGUAAACAACGCCUGUUUCCUGUUACUUUUAGCGAAUCGUCAUAAUGACAGUGUUUUCGAGGAGAAAGUUGUGAAGUUUGUAAGUGCUAAUUUUAUGUCUAUCAUUAAUAUGGAUUCAUUUUUGGAAUUGAACAAUGAAAAUAUAGGAUUACUAAUGCGUUUGUGUGUUUCUGCCGUAAAAAAGUAAUGCUUUUUUCAGAGAUUCCUAAUUGUUAAUAAUAGUUAAACAAAUUUGACUUUUCAAGUUAGGUAUUCUCAAAGUUUAGAAAUUUUGUGCAUAAUUUUAAAGCGUAUUAUUAAAAAAUAUAGUAUUGUGAGUAUUUUUUUUAAUUGAAAUUAUUAUAUUUGAAUAAAAAUUUUAGUUUAACAAGA